UGGAGGAAUACCUCCUAUAACGGCGCCGACCCAAGUAUUGAGUACCGACAUCCGCUUGAGAGGUGUGUAGAGACCAGCGUACAAAACGAUAUUUGACGCCCCCAGGAAGGCUGUGGUUGGGUUGACACCGAAGUAUAAAGCGGCCGUACCUACGGAACCGCAGACAAUGGCGAAUAUCAUAGCCCCCCGCGUGCUUAUCAGUUUGCGAACCAGCGGUCUAUUUCGUGUCCUGCUCAUCUUCGCGUCAUGUUCGGGCUCCAUGAGCAUAUUAAAGGCAUUGGCGGAUGACGCACAUAGCGCGGUGCCCGUUGUCAGGAAGAAUAGCGUAAGCGUAGAGAGGGACGGUGUCGCGGUCGCAGUCGGAGCGAGUAGCCCGGGAACAGGGUAUAGUGAGUAUGCGGCGGUGGCUGUGAGGACCACGAGAAACGAGAGCCGCGGUUUUGAUAGGGAAAGAUAGGUCGUAAAGAUUCGUUUGAGGGAACGCGGCGGAAGCUUCGAAGAUAUGGCAGCCAAUUGCGCGGACGCGUCUAGCGCAAUUGGAUAGGCUUCGCCGUUAUUAUCAGCAGCUGUUGCUUCUCGCAAUUUCUGCCGUCGUCUGUGAGGAAGGUCCUUAUGCUGCGUCGGCUGCGUAGGUGAUAGUUGCGAAACCUGAGCUUCGUCGGGUGUCUCUAUAGCUGCCCUGUCCCCGCCCACAGAACUCUGGAUUUCCCGUCUUGACCGUACCACUGAAUUUCCUAAUGCUUCCCUUAAUAAGGGAUUGGCCCAAAAGUAGUCAUUGCUGAACGCAUUCUUGUUCUUCCCCGCAGCUACUGCACCCUGUCUACUGCUGGUAAUUGAGGAAAAGGUUCGCCGUGAAGGGAUUGGGGGCCGAGAGAGUCGUCUCCAGCAUCGUACGCACACGGAUUCUGCAUUUCGGGGUCUCGGUAAUCGUAGUAAGGGAGUCCUGAGACUCAUCGCGGGAUCAACAU